CGGAGCGCGGGCAGCGGCAGCCGUGCGGUGAGGGCGGUGGCGCCCGUGGGACCCGCGACUGCCAGGAACUCCUGCCACCGCCACCGGCUCCCAUGGCCCACAUACCCAGUGGGGGUGCCCCAGCAGUGGGGGCAGCCCCCAUGGGUCCCCAGUAUUGCGUGUGCAAGGUGGAGCUGUCGGUGAGUGGCCAGAACCUACUGGACCGGGAUGUUACCUCCAAGUCUGACCCCUUCUGUGUCCUCUUUACAGAGAACAAUGGCAGAUGGAUCGAGUACGACAGGACAGAAACCGCGAUCAACAACCUCAACCCCGCCUUCUCCAAGAAGUUCGUGCUUGACUAUCACUUUGAGGAGGUACAAAAGCUCAAGUUCGCGCUCUUUGACCAGGACAAGUCCAGUAUGCGGCUGGAUGAGCAUGACUUCCUGGGCCAGUUCUCCUGCAGCCUGGGCACGAUUGUCUCCAGCAAGAAGAUCACUAGGCCUCUGCUGCUGCUGAAUGACAAGCCUGCCGGGAAGGGCUUGAUUACGAUUGCUGCCCAGGAGCUGUCUGACAACCGCGUCAUCACGCUGAGCCUGGCGGGCAGGAGGCUGGACAAGAAGGACCUCUUUGGGAAGUCAGACCCCUUUCUGGAGUUUUAUAAGCCAGGAGACGAUGGCAAGUGGAUGCUGGUCCACAGGACUGAGGUGAUCAAGUACACACUGGACCCUGUGUGGAAGCCAUUCACAGUGCCCUUGGUGUCCCUGUGUGAUGGGGACAUGGAGAAACCCAUCCAGGUCAUGUGCUACGACUAUGACAAUGACGGGGGCCAUGACUUCAUCGGCGAGUUCCAGACCUCAGUGUCACAGAUGUGUGAGGCUCGAGACAGCAUCCCGCUGGAGUUCGAGUGCAUCAACCCCAAGAAGCAGAGGAAGAAGAAGAACUAUAAGAACUCGGGCAUCAUCAUUCUGCGAUCCUGCAAGAUAAACCGAGACUACUCCUUCUUAGACUACAUCCUGGGAGGCUGCCAGCUCAUGUUCACCGUUGGAAUAGACUUUACAGCCUCCAACGGGAAUCCCCUGGACCCUUCCUCUUUGCACUAUAUCAACCCUAUGGGCACCAACGAAUAUCUGUCGGCCAUCUGGGCUGUUGGGCAGAUCAUUCAGGACUAUGACAGUGAUAAGAUGUUUCCAGCUCUGGGAUUCGGGGCCCAGUUACCCCCAGACUGGAAGGUCUCCCAUGAGUUUGCCAUCAACUUCAACCCCACCAACCCCUUCUGCUCAGGUGUGGAUGGUAUCGCCCAGGCGUACUCAGCUUGCUUGCCCCACAUCCGCUUCUACGGUCCUACCAAUUUCUCCCCCAUCGUCAACCACGUGGCUCGGUUUGCGGCCCAGGCCACGCAGCAGCAGACGGCCACGCAGUACUUCAUCCUCCUCAUCAUCACGGACGGGGUCAUCAGUGACAUGGAGGAGACGCGGCAUGCCGUGGUGCAGGCUUCCAAGCUGCCCAUGUCCAUCAUCAUCGUGGGCGUGGGCAAUGCCGACUUCGCUGCCAUGGAAUUCCUGGAUGGGGACAGCCGCAUGCUGCGCUCCCACACGGGGGAGGAGGCAGCCCGCGAUAUUGUACAGUUCGUUCCCUUUCGAGAGUUCCGCAACGCAGCAAAAGAGACCUUGGCCAAAGCUGUGCUGGCGGAGCUGCCCCAACAAGUUGUGCAGUAUUUCAAGCAUAAAAACCUGCCCCCCACCAACUCGGAGCCCGCCUGAGCUCCAGUGCCCAGCAGCAGCAUGUCGGCUGAGCCUCCCGCCCUCCCCCAGGAACAUGCACGCUCACCCUGCUUCCUUGUGGGUGGCCUUUUUUUACCGAUCCACAUUUUUAUUUUUUACAACCGGACCUCCACCCCCAACUUCCUUCAGCCCAGCUGGGCUUCCUUUGUUGGAGUCAACUGUUGAUGCUUCCAGGCCAAACUGGCUUCCUCUCCUCCUCUCCCCACCUUUGCCAUUCUUAAGUAUUGAAUGUACUUUGUAUAAUUUUA